AUGGAUUUGCCUGAUCUCUCAAAAGACAAGAUUGAGACGAAGCCUACUACAAAAACUACUAAACAAAAGCGAGCCAAAUCAAUUCCAGCCCCACCAACCCAGACUCAACCUGCUCCGAGUACCUCUACAUCUCAAAUUCCAUCUCAGUAUCCCGUUCGUUUCCAAGCCUUGUUCGAAGAUAUGAAAUCCCUUGAUGAGUCUAUUCAAAAUGAUCUUCUUGACCGAUUCUUUCGUGAUUGCGAGGUGGCUAAGGCAGCUAAGUCAUUAAAAAAGGAAGUAGUACCUCCACAACUUGAGCCUUCGCCCGAAUCCUCCCCAAUGAGGCAGACCGAUCAUAUUGAAACCGAGCAUGCCAACAAACCCACUUCUCAGGAAGAAGAAAUCGAAGAGGAGCAAGAUCCAGAUAUGGAGGAUGAUGACAAUGAUGACAUACCUCCUAACUUGCUGAUGAUACAGAAUAAGUCUACAAAAAACACCACUACAUCUAAAACCCCGAUUUCUAGGGAGGUCAGCAUCCCUCGCCGAGCCACUCGCAGUGAGAACAUCGACUCUUCGAUAAGGACCACCCGCAAAACUUCAUGUGGGAAUUCACAAGCGAGUGACGUUAAUGAGAACAAUACCAAGACGCCAAGUGUUAGUCUAGUCGAUCUAAAAAACAAAUUAGUCAAUUACAACCUGAACUCACCUGGUUAUUUAUUACCAUUCAAUCAGAACGAACCAAAAUCAAAGAGGUUCAAGAAGACCAGUGGAAAGCGUACCAAAUCCAUUACUAAAACUGCAGGAACCCACGAAGGAAACAAAGAGGACGACGAAAUCACGAAAAGCCCAGAAGAAAUAGUUUUACAGCCACCAAUGUACCCGCCAAGGGCCUCUGUACUUUUGCCGCAAUAG